AUGGCGUCCGCUCUCUUCUUCCUCGACCUGAAGGGCAAGACCCUUCUGGCCCGCAACUAUCGCGGGGACAUUCCCAUGUCCGCAGUCGAGAUGUUCCCGACCCUCCUGAACGACGCCGAAGAAGAAAGCUCUGCCGUGCCGCCCUGCUUCUCCCACGAAGGAAUCAACUACCUUUAUAUCCGCCACAGCAACCUCUAUAUUCUCGCAUUGACGAAACGAAACACAAAUGCCGCCGAGAUCCUACUCUUCCUCCACAAGCUGGUCGAGGUAUUCACGGAAUACUUCAAGGUGUUGGAGGAGGAGAGUAUCCGCGAUAACUUUGUCGUCAUCUACGAAUUGCUGGAUGAGAUGAUGGAUUUUGGGUAUCCGCAGACAACGGAGAGCAAGAUUUUGCAAGAGUACAUCACCCAAGAAUCACACAAGCUGGAAGUUCAAGCCCGGCCACCCAUCGCAGUCACAAAUGCCGUCUCAUGGCGUAGCGAAGGAAUUCGCUACCGCAAGAACGAAGUCUUCUUGGACGUGGUCGAGUCUCUGAAUCUCCUGGUGUCGUCAAACGGAAACGUCCUGCGGUCCGAGAUCCUGGGCGCGGUCAAGAUGAAGUGCUAUCUGAGUGGAAUGCCCGAGCUGCGACUCGGUCUAAACGACAAGGCCAUGUUCGAAACGACGGGCCGUGCUACACGGGGCAAAUCGGUGGAGAUGGAGGACGUCAAGUUCCAUCAGUGCGUGCGGCUGUCACGGUUUGAGAACGACAGAACGAUCAGCUUUAUUCCACCGGAUGGUGAGUUUGAGCUUAUGAGCUACCGGCUGAACACGCAAGUGAAGCCAUUGAUCUGGGUGGAGUGCGUGGUUGAGUCCCACUCAGGGUCACGGAUUGAGUACAUGCUCAAGGCCAAGGCCCAAUUCAAGCGCCGCAGCACAGCCAACAACGUUGAGAUCCUUGUUCCUGUCCCCGAAGACGCAGACUCCCCCCGUUUCCGUACCAACAUCGGCACGGUGCAUUACGCUCCCGAGAAGUCAGCCAUCAUCUGGAAGAUCAAGCAAUUUGGCGGCGGCAAGGAGUUCCUGAUGCGAGCGGAGCUGGGUCUGCCGUCCGUCAAGGGCGAUGACGAGCGCGGCGGCGGCAUGACCGGUGGCUUCGGCGGCAGCAUGGGCGGUGCCGGGCAGAUGGGCAAAUCGAAGCGACCUAUCAACGUCAAAUUCGAGAUCCCCUAUUUCACCACGAGUGGUAUCCAAGUGCGGUACUUGAAGAUCACAGAGCCCAAGUUGCAAUACCCCUCCCUCCCCUGGGUCCGCUACAUCACACAAUCGGGCGACAUUGCCGUCCGCAUGCCGGACGUGCAAUAA